AUGACAACGGCUAUCUUCAAAUACAUCGAUCCCGCCUCCUACGACCCUCACGCCACAGAGCCCUUCAAAAAGGCCUGGGGCAAAGUCGACGGACCAGGCCGCUCCUACACGCUCACAGACCGAGAGCGAAAAGUAGAGAACCUCCGCGGCCAAGAAACCAACUUCAACACCGACAAUGCAGGCUUCGCGGUCCUGAACUCACCCUCCAAAGAGCGCUUGUUCACCGAUGACGCCGCCGUGCAAGCAGGCUACUAUGCCGAAGUGAAAGAACUCCUCCGAAAGACGCUACCGGGAGUCAAAAAGGUCGCCAUUUUCGACCACACCAUCAGACGUCGAACGCCCGGGUCAGCGCGCAGUCCAGUGCAACUUGUGCACGUUGAUCAGACGCCCGCGGCGGCAGAAACGAGAGUGCGGCGUCACCUGCCAGAAGACGAGGUUGAGGAGUUGUUGAAGGGCCGAUAUCAGAUUAUUAAUGUGUGGCGACCGAUUGAGAAUCCAGCUACGGACUUCCCUUUGGCUGUGGUUGAUUGGAGGAGUACGACUCCGGAUGAUUUUGUGAAGCUUGAUUUGCUUUAUCCGAAGGAAUGGCAGCAGGGUGGGGAGGUUGCGCCGGAUCCAGACUCGGUGUCUUCGACAGAUGGCUAUGAGGUGAAGGGGGAGACUUAUGCGAUCGCGCCGAAUGAGGGUCAUCGCUUCUUCUACAUGAAGGAUAUGACUCCUGAUGAGGUGAUGCUUCUUAAGUGCUUUGAUUCUCGAAGCCAUACGAUGACGGAUGGUCAGACUGAUAUCGCCCAUGGUACUGGUCAUACUGCUUUCUUUGAUCCCCAGACACCCGAGGGCGCGCCUGGGAGGCAGAGCAUUGAGGUGAGAUGUUUGGUUUUCUAUGAAUAG